CAUUCUCAGUAACUAAAGGCAAACGUUCAAUAAGUUUAGGCAUUUAAUCAAUGAAAAUUCAUAUAACAAUUGAAUUAAUUUAGAUGUCUGACACAGGUGGUGAGUGGCAGGUUGCACGUCGGCGGAAAGGCGCAUCCAGGAAUUUGAAGCCAUUACAGAUGUCUUUAGCCCACUGCAAUGAGCCACUGGAUGUUGGGAAAACUCUUAAAAGGAUCAAAGAAAUAGUGGCUGAAAUGGGAUAUGAAAGCUUUUGGAAAGAAUGGAAAGAGCAGAUGUUGGUGGCAGCAUCAUUGAACCAAAAAGACAUGGAGGUCUCUUCAGGCCAGGUGCAAGAGAGUUUAGAUGCCCAAAUAUGUCCACUGGAGUGUGUGUGUUAUGGCCUGGGCACCUUUUCCACAUGUGUGUCCGCUCGGUACCAGCUUGCCAUUAUGCUCCUGCUCCUGGAUGCAGCAAAGAUUCCAUUAAAGGACUGUUUUGUUUUUGACCCUGCUUUCUCCCCUGGAGAAAAAGAUGUACUCCGAGAGUUGGGUCUGACUGUACUCACAGACAAUGAGGAGGGGAAGCGACGGGCCACCAGACCUACGCUCUUUUAUCUCAUGCAUUGUGGGAAAGCUCUGUACAAUAACCUCUUAUGGAAGAACUGGAGUCCAAAAUGUCUGCCACUUGUGGUGAUAAUUGGAAACAGCUUCAGUGGCAUGAGGGAGAGAAUGAUCGAGAGAGAAUUUAAGCGGAACUACAGCUACAUCAGCCAGGCAGUGACUGUGUGCGAGGAGAUACAACUGACCUGUCCAUCUCAUCUGACUGACGUCUUCAGCGACACUGCACUCAUCACUUUUAAUACUAGAAACCUUAACAGUCUCAACCAGUCGACCUGGACAGAGCCACCUGAACCACAAUAUCAGCACUGCUCUGAUUUGGAGAUAAUACAAAGAGAAUUUCUGAAUGGAGAAAGGACAUGAACUACUCGUUCCACUUCUUCAUCUGCCCGCAAGCAGUGCGGGAAAGGAGAAAACAUGGAUAAGUAUGUUAACACUAAUAAUCCUGUGAUGUUGAUUCUUUUUCUAUGGACACAACCAAGUUUCAAUAUGUCCUUAAAAAAAAUGUCACAAUGUACAGCUGAAUCUGCUCUCUGCAUUUAAUCCAUCCCUGAUAAUUGGGCAGCAACUGUCUAAGGCCCAAGGCCUGACUUCAGUUCUUUUGGCAAAAGAACUGCCUGAAACAGAACCUUUGUUUUUAGUUGCGAGGGUGUUAGAUAUAUUGUAGAAGUUAUCAUUUAUUUGCUUAGCUUGCAUUAGUAUUAUGGACAAUGUUUAGAAAGAAAGAUGUCUCGCCUUCAAGAAGAUGACUCAGCAGGAAUCAUCUGAGAGAAGGACGUGGCCGGGACGUGGCAGGUGCCAUGUUUUCACCUUGAAACCCUACCCUUAGUGUGUUGUGUCUUGUAGCUUAGUACGUUAUGUCUUGUAAACUUAGAAACCUCCCUAUUUUCAAAUAAAUGCAGGAGCGACGGGAGAGAUUGUUUAGAGCGUGUUGAGAGGCUGUAACCUGAACA